AUGACCAGAUCGACUCGGCUAUUGAUCCUGAUCAAGAUCAAGGCUGCGGAGGCGGCACUUAAUGGAAAAAAGCAACUUCUGGAUAAACUCACCAAAAGUCUGGCCAGCGAAGCUGCCAGACAGGCACAACAACGGAUCGAAACUGUGCAGAAACUAGUCACCAGGAUUAAGAUGCUGAAGCGAAAGGAUCUUCAGUCACUGGAGAGCUUCCUGCGCAGAAGAAGGAGAAGCAACACGGCAAAAAAUGCGCGCAUUCAGUUGCUAGAAAGAUCCUCAGCUGGAAAGGAGUACAACUGUAUAAAGGAAAUAUAUAUAUAUAUUGGAAAUAUUGAUUCAGCCAUCCAAGAGAUACUCAGUGCCCUGGCUAUACUGGCUGACGAUGAAAAUAUCCGGCUGACCUUCACAGAGACCGGCAAGGGAGCUGCAAUUUGCGCUGGGGCUGCGCUUAUCGGUGGAUUACUGCUGGGUCCACGUGGACUGGCACUGGGCGGGGCCAUCGGUGGUCUCGCCGCCUACGGAGUUACGGAGGGAAACUUUAAGCCUCUGAGCGAGGUCAUUUUGAAUGAUUUGACGGAAAGGCAGCGUCGAGAACUGCAUCAGCACGUGAUCAGGGCUAUAUCCGAAGUUAGAAAAGUCCGGGCUCAGGAGGUCGCAAAACUAAUAUUAAAAAACCGGCAUAUGCAAGAGGUAGCCCUCAACGCCCUAAGGUCUUUUGUCACUGCUCGUUUGGGAAUGACUAUAAUAGACUAAUACUAGAUAUAUUUAUUAUAACUAUAUUUCCCAAUAAAUGUGAAAACUAAAUUAAAAACCGAA